AUCAACGAGAAAGCAAAACCUCAUUAGCGGGUUCUGUUCAUGCUGAACAUGAAAGAGGGAGCCAGAAGAAACGAGUCAAAUCGGUUUGGACUGCUGAAAUGAUUUUGGAAACUCGCAUAGGAGUUUAAAAGUUUCUUUUCUUUUUGACAGGACUCGCUGAGCGGGGCGGACGCGAGCGCUCGUUCUUUCUGCGGAGGCAGUGAAAUGUAUCAAAUUCUAUUGUGAUGUAAAAAUGAAGUCGGAAGCGUGUACGGGCUGACAAACGGGGUCUAAGUGUGACCUAGCCCGGAAAAGUGGUACACUAAAUCAAUUUUGCCUGCUUAUUUGCAAAUGUAAAUUUAGCAAAAAGUUGAAAAGCCUGUGGUGUCGUUAUUUUAUCUGUCUGGCAGGUAGGAUGUACGGAAAGGUGCUUGGAAAAGGAAAACGGAUUUGUACUGAACGCUGUGAUCCCAAAUGAAAUAAUGCGAGGAAAUGAUCCUGCGAGUGUGCUGAUUUGAAGAAGCAUCGAGGGAAACAUCCAGCCAUUUUUUUGGUUUACUGAGUAACUACACUAGUUUUCCCACAUUCCAAUUAUGGAUGAUAGUAUUCCAGGCAGCUGCAGUGCCGUGAUCCAAAAGGGAAAGUUUGCAUUCAUCGAGGCUCAGUUGCAGGGUGGAGCGCCUUGGGGUUUCACGCUCAAAGGUGGACUUGAACACGGCGAGCUGUUAAUCAUAUCGAAGGUAGAGGAGGGCGGAAAGGCAUUUCUAUUGCAGCACCCCCUACAGGUGGGAGAUGAAGUUGUCAUAAUUAAUGAGGUGGAGUUGAGUGGAUGGAGGCAAGAGGCGAUAUCUCUCAUUAAAGGAUCUUACAAAACACUGCGGCUUACGGUGCGAAGGGAGUGUUGUCCUGGUCCUUGCUGUUGUGAAUCACAUCCUCUCAGCCCUUCCAGAGACAACAGAUGCAGUGGAGGAGUGAGGCUACGCAUUAAAAACAGACAAAGUGAACCUGGCUCUCGACCUCAUUCCUGGCACUCUACGAAGCUGGGCGAGGGCCCUCAGGACUCAGACAGCAUGAUGCAAGUCACCCAGGGUGGUGUGGGAGCCCCCUGGCACCAAAGCUAUCAUUCCAGUGCCUCAACCACAGACCUAUCAGGGUAUGAGACGGGAUUCCUUAGGAAGAGCCCAGAUCAAUACAGUUCACGCGGCAGCAUGGAGAGCCUAGACCACACUCACCCAGUCUAUAGCUCCUGCUAUCAACUGUCGUCCUCCAAAUCCUCCAGCAGCAUUGAUCACCUGCACAGCAAGCGUGAUUCUGCAUACAGUUCAUUCUCUACCAGCUCUAGUAUCCCAGAGUACCUUGCGGCUGCACCAUCGUUUAACAAGGAGAGGUCAUAUUCCAUGGAGAAUGUUCCACAGAAAGAAGGGAUGCAGCAGGCAGAUAUACGCUACAUACGCACUGUCUAUGACCCCCAACAGGGUGUGUCUGAAGAGCAUGAGGUCACCUCUGCUGCACUGAUGAGAACCAAUGAAAGCAGAACACAGUCUAGAAUUGGGAAUGUCCAGGGCAUGAUCUGCCAUCGUGGCAGCAGUAGUAGCGGUAGUAGUGGAAGCAGUGGAGGCACCACCUACUCACAACGCCACAGUGUUGGGCCAGUCUGGGAUCCAACACACAACCGGCAUUCCUACGAAAACCUAAAGGGGGCACCAGCACCUCCAUUACGCAGUGACAGCUUUGCAGCAUUUCGCAAUCAUGAGCGGCCCAACUCUUGGUCGAGUCUUGAGCAUGCUCGGUCACAGCGGGCACUUCACAAGGGUUCCUGGAAUCAAUCAAGUGGUUCUGUGGCCACAGGAAAGUCCUCAUUUGGAGCUGAAGGUCAGUUGCACACUGUGAUUGAGAAAAGCCCUGAAAGUAGCCCCACCACCAAACCCAAACAGGGUUUUCCUCAGGCCUCACAGCCUGGCCGCCUCAUGUUACCCUCCAGCAUCUACCCUGUUCCACCACCUGAGACACAUUUUGCACAAAUUCCAACCAGUAACCCUAGCUCUGGUAGUGUGUACCCAGCACUGGCUAAGGAGAGCAAGCACAACCCUCAUUGUGACCUUUUAGGGGGGUCAGAAAGAGAGGACAGGGUCAUGGAUGAAAAUGGAUACCAAAGCCAUGCUCCAAGCCUAAGCCCUGUCCAACCCCACAUUUUGGCACAACUUAAGCUGUCUGAUAUCAUUCAAGAUGACACUCAAGUCAAAUCUGUUUUUUACCGAUCUCACUUGCAGCCGCAAGAGCAGAAGACACAAGCACCAUCUGUAGUCCAGGAGAGAAGGGAUCCUUACACACCUGUUCAACCAAGAGGAGAAAGACUUAGGCUCUCGCAUGGCUUGGAAGUUUAUAACAAUUACAGGCAACCUAAAGAUGAAGAACAAAACAAAUAUAGUGAACAAAACAUUCAUCCUGACCCUCUUUACUCAGAAGUUGCACAGGGUCAAGUUGCCCAAAUGUACAGAGGAAACUUAGUCCAGACACAAGGAUGUGACCACAUAGUUAAACCAUUAAGGCACUACAGUGACUCUAGUGCUCUCCAACAGAGAGGUCAUGACAUGGAUCACCCUCUGACCAGACUGGAGAAUGCACUUGCUGAGGUUCAACGGUGUGCUAGUCCCGAAAGUACAGCUAGCCAAUGCAGUGUCCAGAGUGAACGUACCAUGUCUGUGUUGGAGAAAGUAAGUCAUUUUGAGAGACAGCAAGUUAAACCUCGCAGUCAUAGCAGCGUCUCCAAUCAUAGUUCUAUAGCUGGUCCAAGCCAAGCACCAAGACCUUCCAGUGAAAACUGUUCCAUCUCUAGCGCGGAAGAUUUGCGCAGCAUGUUAGAGAGAAGCAACAUCUCCGUCCAUUAUGGGAGAACUCAGAGUGCUUCCAGCAUGGCAAGUUAUGAUGGACACAUAGAGGUGCAGCAGGAUUCGCGAAUGAGACGUGGAAGUAGUGACCAUGCCCGUCAUCACCAUCCACAAGACCCUGCCAUCACCCUUCAGAGGAGUAAAAGCACCUUCCAGCUUGGUGAGGAAAAUGGCUACCAAGGUAAAGGUGACAUUCAUAAUAUCCUGGCCACCAUCCAGGAUACAUAUUUUAACAGAGCAUAUAGAGACAGCAUUAAAGAUGCUCAGUCUAAAGUGCUGAGGUCUACUUCAUUCAGAAGACGUGACCAUGGCAUUAAUCCUCCAGCAGUGCCAGCUAAACACAUGUCCCUAGAAAGAAAAGUACCUGAUACAAGUCUCAAACCUGCUACAUCCCCACACACUCCAAAAGAACGACAUGUUGUUCCUGUUGAGGUAUCAAAUGGAAUCACUCCUCCUGAUCUCCCCAGUGUCCCAGCUGUGGGACCCCCAGUCAUGCGGAUUUGUGGACGCAAACGAUUUACAGUGGAGAAGAAAAAACGAUCUUACUCUGAGCCAGAAAACAUGCAUGAAGUUGGCGUGUUGACUCAGGAAAUCAGUCAGGCUGAGAGGAAGAUUCAGCAGCAGUUUUUGUCAAGUGAGACAAGUGUUGCCGACCGGCGCAGGAUGUUUGAGCAAGUUGCUAAUCGUAACGCUGACCCGAGACUUGUCUCCUCCAGAUCGGAUUUGAAGCAGAUGCAGCAAGAUGCCCUUGUUGAGUACAUGGAACGCAAAACAGGUAGAAGAAUAGAUGGACAUCCAAACCGCCCACAUAGUGCAUAUCUACAGUCAGCUUCUUCCUCUUCCAUUGACUCACGGAGCCUCACCUCAACCCCAAGUGUGUGCUCUUUGCAAGAGCCAGGAUACGAUGGCUUCUUUGGCAAUGUUCAUAAAGCAUCCACCCUUCCAGCAGGAAUGCAAAGCUCCUUUUAUCCAACCAGGGCCACCCAAAAUCACACACGGUCUGAGUUCUUCCCCAUUAGCCAUCAGUCACAAGGCAUAAGUCCUGAAUCUUCAAAACCAGAGACAAAGAAACCCACCACUACACAGAUCCCAGGCCCAGCCAGACAUCCCCUUCCUCCGCACCUGGAGGCAGUUUUUGAGAAAGCCACCUCAGCCAGAAGUUCAGGGAGGUCAGCUUCAGCAGAGGAUCUGCUUGACCAUAGUGAAGAACGUCCAGUUCCUCAGCACUUUCGCUCCAGGUCAUCUCCAUCAGUGGAGAACUUUAAUCAGGACCUAAUGGCCACAAACCUCCAACAGUUUAUAGCUGCCUCCAAGAAAUCCUCAGAAAGCAGUAGGGUGUUGGGGAACACAGCACCCAAACAGUCAUGUGCAGAGAGGAGCUACCAGCUGAACCAGGGUUCUGUCCAGCAAAGCACACCUGUGCUGAGGCGGGAGCACCAGAGAAAUUCUGACCGGCCCAGGGCACAAAGUGCUUCUGCUCUUGCUGCCUCCGUGGGACUGCCUUGUUCUCUCACCUCUCCAGGAACUGUUGCCAGCCUGGACUGGCAUAAUGGAGAGAGACUGUGUCAGCCCAACCUGGACUCUAUUGCUUUUCCAGAAACUGGCCCUCGAAGUCAAACGAGUCUGUCCGGACUCUUGCGGCAGAAAUCCAGCGACACCAGCACUUCUGAAGACACCCUGAAGGACUUUCCAUGUCCAGUGGCUUCAAAACCAUCAAAGUCCGCCCAGUCACCUCCAUACCCAGAGGUCAAAGUCAUGGGGUCACAUACAUCCCUGGAUUAUCCACCUGAAAGAUCAUCCGAUUCAAGGCCACCCACCCUCCCCUUUCUUCGGAUCUCAGAGUCUGGUCUUCAUGACGUUCAGAAUACUCCUUUGUUACAAGAUAAUGAUGAAGUGUUUUUAGCGCCACUCCCACCACCACCAUCUUUCCCCCCACCACCACUACUGCCAAUCAGAGAGACAGAGAUUAUGGAUGACUUCCCCCCACCCCCACCUCUUACACUAACUCCUCCUCAACCCCCAGUUGAGGAGGAGUUAGUAACAGAAGCUUUACAGUCGUCAGGAUCAUUAAGACAAAUCAGCGAUUCUGAGAUUCUGGCUGAAACAACAGUCUGUCCAGAGACUGAACGGUCAUUAAAUGACCCCAAAACUCUAUCUGUGAAUCCUGACCUACAGUCCAGCCAUCUCCCUCAGUCACCCAGCAGUGUCCCUCUAGAGGAAGACACCUCUCAGAUUCUGGGAUUUGACAACCGUCUGCUCUCUAAAAGAGAGCAAACUCAACCUGAGCUGCUUGUGGAGACUCUUGCCCGCGAGCUGGUGGACAGGGACAAAUCCCUCACCUCGCUCCUGGACACCUGGGCAGGUAAAACUACCAUAGAUCUAAUGGAGGACAUCUUCCCCUCACACUCAUUGUCACCCUGGCAACACAGGAGGAGCAGCAGCGAUCGUUUGGUUGACAGGACUCAAGAUGGCUCGUGUACCCCAGAUACUCGCAUUCAGACUGUACCAAGAAAAAUGGAGACAGAUCUGGAUGAUGAAGAGGCUUAUCUGAAUCAAAAGAAGGUGGAGCUGUUGCAGGCAUUGAACAUGAGCAUCAGAUUGUUGCAACGGGAGAGAGAGAAUCUGGUUGAACAGCAGAAGCGUUUCAGCACUCUAGGAGGCAGUUUGGAAGCUUUAGUCCAGGAACGCUGUAAACCCAAUGAGAGAGACAAAUACUUCAUGUUUGUCGGUGACCUGGAGAAGAUUGUAAACCUGCUGCUGUCCCUGAGUGCUCGACUCGCUCGCGUGGAGAAUGCACUGACUGCUCUCAGAGGAGAAGAGAGCCAGGAGAGUGCAGAAGAAAGGGAGUCGCUGCAGUUGAAACGCAAGCAGUUGUGCAGUCAGCAGGAAGACGCCCGUGAGCUGAAAGAAAACCUGGACCGACGUGAGCGAGUGGUUCUGGAUAUCCUGGCGGGUUACCUGAGCGGCCCGCAACUGCACGACUACCAGCUGUACAUCCGCAUAAAACCCGCCCUGCUCAUACGACAGCGCCACCUGGAUGAGCUCAUACGGCAGGGGGAGGAGCACGUGCGAAGACUGGAGGAGAACCUCCCCCUUGAGUUCCACCCAAAGAACACUGACCCCGCCCCCAAAUCGCCACACUGUUUUAACCCCACCCACUCGCCACGCUCCACCACUGUGACCUCACUCUGACUCCGCCCAUCGUAGAAUGAAACUACGUACAGCUGCUGAGGAAAGAAUCAAUGAAACUGAUGUAGAUAUUGAAAGAGACUAUGAGACAGUGCACACAGAAAAGUGCCUUAAAUGAAGGAUUUGACUUUAUGACUUUGCAAUAGGAGUAUCACCAACAGUCAAGAAAACAUCCAAGUUCUAUUUCACCCCAAAAUCUGACAAAAGAAAAUAUUAAAUUAUAUUUUGCUUAUAGAAAAUGAAGCUGAGUUUUGGCUCCACUAAGAUUUUUUGCAUUGUGACAUUAUUUUUUGUUCAAUUAAGCGCAUUUUCUCUGCGAUUCUCAUUAUUGUAGUGCGUCCUGAUUAGAGCUAUACAUUUUCCAUUUAAUCACAAUGUUCAUUUGAAGAAUGCAAAUACCAGAUCUUACAAUCCCAAGAUAUAUCUUUUUCUUUAAAGUUUACUUUGGUUUUGUUUGUGUUUGUGUUAAUAUACUGUACCUGUUAAUAAUAUAGCAACUAAACUGCAUAGUUUGGGCCCUGUUGUUCAUUUUUAAAAUGAAUAUUUUUAUAAUGUAUCAAGUUUGAAGGUUCCCUCUGUAAUUUGCAGCAUUAGCUAAUAUUUGUAUGCAAAAUGGACAUUAUACUGUAACUGAAAUAUACACAAAUUCCAUUCAAAUUUAUUCAAAACGUUUCAAAAUAUAAUUGCAUGUGAAUCAGAAUAAAAUCACAUUUGGAAUUCUGCCCUAGUCCUUCAAUUUUAUUUUUACUAUUCACAUUAUUUUCAAUGGUAAUACUAAUCAUAAAAAAAUAAAUACUGUAAAAUGGUUUACUGUAAUAAGGUAAAACUACAUUGUUUUAAAAAGAUUUUAAAAUUAAAAUUAGAAUAGGUCAUACAACAAAUCGUACCAUAAUGUCUAAAUACUUUAAUACUUAUUUAUUAAUACUUUAAUAUCAUUAUUUAUUUUACAGUAAUAAGAAUUGCAGGUAUGAGCUUAAUUGUCUAGAAAAAAUGUCACUAUGCAAAAAUCCUAAUCAUCCUAAAAAUUGGCUUUUAUAGGUUUUUAAAAUAGACAUUUUCUAUAUAUAAAUAAAUAGAGAGAGAGAGAGAGAGUACUGUGCAAAAGUCUUAGGCAAAAAGCAUUUGUCUUAAGAUGGUUAUUUAUAUCUUCAGCUUUAGUCUGUCAAUAGGAAAUAUACAUUUUAGACUCACAAACAUUUGCAAAUAGAAAAGAUUAGAAUAGAAGAACAGGGAGCCCUGCAACAGAUGUCAUGGUCCCCACAAAGCCCCCCACUGAACAUCAUGUCAGUCUGAGAUUACAUAAAGAGACAGAAGCAAUUGAGACAGCCUAAAUAGAUAGAAGAACUGUGGAGAAUUCUCCAAGAAGCUUGGAACAUCCUAUCUGCCAACAACCAAGAAAACUGUGUCCAGAUGUACCUAAGAGAAUUGGGGCUGUUUUAAAGGCAAAGGUGGUCACACCGAAUAUUGAUUUAGCUUUUUUAUGUUUACUGGACUUUGUAUGACAUUAAGUGAUAAAUGAAAACUAUUUAUGUCAUUAUUUUUGAAGACAUCCUCACUAUGCAACAUUUUUCACAAGUGCCUAAAACUUUUGCACAGUACUGUGUAUGUAUAUAUAUGUAUGUAUAUGUGUGUGUGUGUGUGUGUGUGUGUGUGCGAGAAAUCUUUUUUUAUUUCACACAUGCAUGGCGCAUUUACACAGCAAACUCAAAUUAGCACAACACAACUACACAACACUAAAGCACAAGGCACAGCACAAUGCAGAUUUAAUGGUAAAAAAAUGCCUCAUUGUGAUUGGUGAAUUCAAUAACUGCUGAGCACUUUGGAACAGAUGAACCACUUGUUUCACAAAGAGAAGAAAAUAUUUAAGACACACAUUCUAUUUGGAAUUUUAAAAUAAUAAUUUCCUGUUGUUUAUAAAAUGCCUUCCUGAAAUGCCACCUUUACAUCAAUAGCAUCAGAUAAUGAUUUAUAAUUUUAGGUUUAUAAAUGAUUUUGUACUCUGUAUGUUGCUGUACAUACUCUGAGCAAUCCCCAUGUGAUUUUAAAAUGAAAACAGUUGAUGUAUUUUUGUAAGCAAAUUACAAAAAAGCAGAACAAUUAAGAAGGGUGCUUUUGUGGCUCUUGUUGGCUUUAACUGGUGCUCUUCUAAAUCAUCACAUCUGCAAUUUUAAAGGGGGGGGGGGGGAUUGGGUCGUCAUAGCUGAUGUUUAACCAGCACUUGAACGCAAUAUCAGUACUAAGUUUCAAUGGUGAUUAGGACACAAUUUCCAUUAAUAUUCAGACUUAAUGAACAUUAUUCACAAGUUAUGCUAUAUGCUGAGUUUGAUCGCGAUGCACACCCCCAAACUAUUUUGCCAAUAUAUUUUAUUUAAGCUGUUGUUUGGCUGUGUUUUGUUUUAUUUGGAGAGCAUCCUUACUUACAAAAUAUCUAAACCCCAUACAGCUAAAUAAACACAAUGGCUAAGGGCCGCAAUAGCAGCACAUUUUAGAUGCAUUCGUAUUGGACUUACCGUAUGUUCCUGUAUAAGAGGCAGAACUGCAUUGUGAUCUGACACGUGAUAGUUGAUUUUGUUUCGCAGGAGGGUAAUCUAAAGGGAAGUUUCUGCCAUGCUUUAUGAUGUUUAAAUGCAAAACAAGCACAAUUGGAAGUUAAAAUAAAUCUAUUUUUUAAAUA